CACGGGCACUCCAAGAUGGCCGCCGAGCCGGGCGGCGGGCGCGCCGUGACCGCCCGCCGCUCCCGCCCGGGCUUCAGCGCCUUCCCCGCCGGGUUCCUCCUCCUCCUGCUGCUGCUGCUCCUGCUGCCUUCUCCCUCUGCUUCUUCUUCUUGUGACCACCGCGUGCCCAGCCGUGACCAGGUUGUGUAUCAAGUUCCUCUCAAGGAAAAUCAUGUCUCGAAGCGAAACGUGGAUCAACAGCUAAGGAUUAAGAUUGUAUAUGACACUAGUGUUGAGAACUUGCUGCUUGAGAAAAGACACCUUAUAAAGAACAAACUCUUCCCCCAAGCUAUAUCUUAUUUGGAGAAGACAUUUCAAGUGCGCAAAUCCACAAGUACUAUAUUACUAAGCAGGCAAUGUGUGACAAACCAAUAUUUAAGGAGGAAAGCUGACCCUCACAGGUACUGCCAAAAAGCCUGCGCAGACCAUACGAGAUGUGGGCCAGUUAUAGUUCCUGAGGAACACCUCCAGCAAUGCAGGGUGUACAAUGACAGUGACUGGCACCGCAGGCCCACUGGCUUACCUGACCAAGAAGGGGUUCGAGAUGCUGACUUUGUGCUCUACGUUAGCGCUCUCACUACUGAAAGGUGUGGCCAUGAAAAUAUCAUUGCAUAUGCAGCCUACUGCCAGCUGGAAGCUGAAAUGGACAGGCCAAUAGCAGGAUAUGCCAAUUUAUGUCCAAAUAUGAUUUCAACACAAGCUCAGGAAUUCAUUGGCAUGUUGUCUACAGUGAAACACGAGAUCAUCCAUGCACUGGGUUUCUCUGCUGGAUUGUUUGCAUUUUAUCGUGAUGAUGAUGGAAAGCCUUUGACACCAAGAUAUGCAGAUGGACUCCCUCCUUUUAAUGAAAGCCUAGGUUUGUAUCAGUGGAGCAGUAAAGUCGUCCACAGAGCAGUGAGGUUGUGGGACGUACGUGGUGGCAAAAUGCUGCGCCACACUGUUCAGCUUCUGGUAACGCCUCGUGUGGUCGAAGAAGCUCGAAAACAUUUUAAUUGUCCAAUUCUAGAGGGAAUGGAGCUUGAAAAUCAAGGUGGCAUGGGUACUGAGCUCAAUCACUGGGAGAAGAGAUUGUUGGAGAAUGAAGCGAUGACUGGAUCCCAUACCCAGAAUCGAGUCUUUUCCAGGAUCACCUUGGCAUUAAUGGAAGACACAGGGUGGUAUAAAGCAAAUUACAGCAUGGCAGAGAAAUUAGACUGGGGACGCAAUAAAGGCUGUGACUUUGUAAUGAAGAGCUGCAAAUUCUGGAUUGACCAAAAGAGGAAAAAGAGGCAAUUAAUCAGUCCAUACUGUGACACUUUGAGGAGUAAUCCUUUGCAGUUAACCUGCAGACAGGACCAAAGAGCAGUAGCAGUGUGCAACUUGCAGAAGUUUCCAAAGCAGUUACCUCAGGAAUAUCAGUACUUCGACAAUCUUAAUGGAGUACCAGCAGAAGAAUUGCCUUAUUAUGGUGGCUCAGUAGAAAUUGCCGACUAUUGUCCCUUUAGUCAGGAAUUCAGCUGGCAUUUAAGUGGUGAAUUUCAACGCAGUUCAGACUGCAGAAUAAUUGAAAACCAACCAGAUCCUACCAAAAACUAUGGUGCAGAGAAAUAUGGACCAAACUCUGUAUGUGUUAUUCAGAAAUCCGCUUUUGUUAUGGAACAGUGCAGGAGGAAAGUCAGUUACCCUGACUGGGGUAGUGGAUGUUACCAAGUUUCCUGUUCUCCACAAGGGCUGCAUGUUUGGGUCAAGGACACUGCAUACUUGUGCAGCCGCUCAGGUCAGGUAUUAACUGUGAACAUCCAGAUGAAUGACUGGAUACACGUUGGGAAUCUGCUCUGCCCAGCCUGUUCGGACUUCUGUGACUCCUGUCCCCCAGAGCGGGAUCCUCCGGCUUCUAACCUAACAAGAGCUGCACCCAUUGACCUAUGCUCCUGCUCAUCCAGCCUGGUUGUAACCCUUUGGUUACUGAUGGCCAACUUAAUUCCCCUGCUAACAGGAUUGUUUCUCUGCGCAUAGAGUCAAGCUCGGGGCCAGAAGAUCUUCCGAGAUGAUACACUGUUAUGUUGCACUCCUUACUGUGGAGCACAGAGUAUUUUGUCUCUGCAGGAAGCUGUCUUCUGCUGAACCUCAUCUCUUCUGGCAAGUAUUGCUGCAGACAGUAGUCAGGGAGGUGCUGACAAAAGCAGCCAGAGUUUUGAGAGGAGGAAAAAUUACCUUGUCUCAGUAAGUGCCAGUAUUUUCCUGAAUUGCAACCUUUGGGUUUUUUUGACUCAGUAACAAGAUCCACUAUGCCAACUGUGUUAGACUACCUGGCAAUUCAGUUAAGAUCUGAAACAAGAACUCUGCUGUAAUAGAACUGAGGGUUGGUUUUUUUGUUAUGUCUGUUGUGUGACUGGUAGCAAAGCAUCCUCAAACUGGAAAUAUACCUCAGCGGUUUAGUCGAAAGCCAUGUAAAAUUCAGUUGUUGUCACUGCUAAUAACCCAGGCCUAAACAGGUUGGGAACUAGUUUUUGUCAAUUCUUACGAUUUAUGGGUGAAGGAAUAAUUUAAUGGGAUAGACUAGUGGUUGGCAGUUGUCACCACAACUUGAUUUUGCAGCUUUGAGGCUUCUCAGAAUUCAUACUAGGUAAAGCAGCUGAUUCUUGGGGUUCACUUGCAUCUUCCUACAUGCACAAAAUGGAAUUUCAGACUGGUAAUGAAGACAACUGUCGAGAAAUCCCAUUCUCAUUUAGCAUGUGCCAGUUCUACUGUGAAAUUUAAUACAUCAAAUGUUUGAAUAUUCUCAGAGUAAUUUGCUGGGCAAAUGCAUUUCAGUACUGAUAUCCAGACUGUAAAAUUGGGAUAGAAUUUAUGAUCAUUUUUUUAUUUUGUUGGUUUGUUUCUUAAGUAAUGAAUAAUGGCGUUAUUUUUUCUUAAGUAGUAUGAACAUAACUGCAAAUGUUCUCGCUUUUUGUUGAAGGGCAAACCAUAGCAAUGGCAGCUAUAAUCUUACAGGACCAUGCUGAUGUCUCUAGACCAAAAAUAUAUUGAAUGUGUAAGGAAAAUCUAAUCUGUUUUCCUUUUUUUUUUCCUUUCCACCUGAACUUUUUCUUACACAUGUAAAUACUAUGGAUUAUUUGAGUAUUUGCAAUAAGUUGAGAAUCAGACAUUUUGAAUCACUUGCGGGUACACCUUGCUACAAAACUAAUAAUGACAAAAUAUAGAAGAGGAAGGAAAUGAGUAAAUCUGUCAAGCUAAGGAGAGCUGCUCUAUAGGACCCUUGUAAAGAUGUUUUUAUAAUGGGUAACAAAUAAUCUCGUCCAGAGUAAAAGAAACUGUUACAUGGUUCAAUCCACCGUCUGUCCUUUUAGGAUAGUUUUCACUCUUGGAAGAGUGUUAAACUUGAGGGAGUGGACAUGCCCAGUGCACUAAAAAAAAUGCAAAGAUGAUGUUACUCUGCUUCUUAAGUGUGCUGUGAUAUUAGAAUUGUCAGUGACUGGAUCCCUUUCUAAAAUGGAAGGUAGGGAGGUGGAGUAAAAUUUAUUUAGCUAAAUUUAAACUUUAAAUUAUUAAAGGACUUCCAUCAUGAUUGUAAGAAAUUCUUAGUGCCUACUGGACUUGUUGGUUUUUUUUAUUUAAAGGAACUCUUAUGACACUGCUGGGGCAAGUAAGGUGCAACCUAAAAGUGUCUGAAGGCAUCACAGUUGAGAGUACCUUGUACUGGGUUAAGUCCCCUUCUUAACUGCAGGUUAAGUUUGCUUUGAAUUAUACAAGGCCUAGGCUAGACUUAAACCAGUGUUUCAGAGAAGCAAUACAAGUCAGGACUCUAAUGCUUUAAAUUGGUACAAGUUCAAAUUACUAAGAUUGGUAAGUGAACACUAAUCAUGUUAAUGUGUCCACAAAACAGUCAAGGUAAAUUGAUUCCUUGAAAAUAUAAAGGUUUGAGAAUACAUCUUAGGUCCCAGAGGUUGAUAUUGUAUUUUUUGUCUGUUGUGCAAUAAUGCAGUUGAAAUGGUAUGACUCAACAACAAUGCUUUUGAUACUUGAAAAGAAAUUACUAGUUAUUUUUUCCUUACUGUGGAAUAUUUGCACUGUAUGAACUUUCUGGUUAACUUUAUACCUGUUAAAGUUUUUAACUGGUGUUAAUUUAUUGUGCUCAGUAUUUGAUAUGCUGGUCUCCCGUCUGUGUAAAUGUGAGAUUUGUUAUAUUUAAUUGAAUAUUUUUAUCUUCUACACAGUUGUUUAUCUUGAGGGUUUUUCUUCUUUUAAUCUCUCUCCCUGAGAAUUAGCUGAAAGAUGGCUUAGAAAGUCGAUGCUUACCUACUUCUGAAUUGUAUGCAUUCAUCAAAGAAAGGGGCUGUAGUGCUUUGUACUGACAGGGAAAAAUCUGUGGGCCUUUUGGAGCUCUUGUGGUCAGGUUCACCAGUACCUGCUGAGUAGCUGCAUCAGUGAAUCCAGUGAAGUAAAACUGCUACUGCCUUAAUAA